AUCUAGUCGCUCAGUUUAAUUUUGCCUUACUUGCGGGAAAUACGUAAAAAUUACGUAUGGUGGUGGGUUCUCCGUUCUCAUUUUUUUAUUUAAUUUUAUUUUCAAUAUCGACAAGGAACCUUUCCGCUGCUUCGUUGAGGGGUGAUCACGUUUAACGCUUAUUGUUUAUUGUUAAAAAUAUUUAAAGUUACAACAACAAAAAACACCAAGAAAAUAUGAAUUGGUUACUCUAUAGUGCGUCGAUUUUGUCGGUUUUAACGGUUGUGUUGUACAAAGAAGGCAACUGCUUACUGAUAACUGAAAUUGAAGGACCAUCGUUGGUAGUUAUAGAAGAUGAAAGUGUGGAUCCAAUACCAUUGAAUUGUCACUUCAAAGUGGAACAGGAAAGCAACUCCCUCGUCGUAAAAUGGACUAAGAAGGAUAAUGUGAUUUUCCAAUAUAUAAAAGGACAUGGAACAUCCGUAAUACCCGAAUUCAAAGGAGAAGUGGACUCUUUGUCCUCCGAUCCAGUUGAUGAUCAAACUGGCAUACUGCUGUUAAACCCGUCGAUCAAGUCGACCGCCAUAUACAGGUGCAAUGUUCAAACGGAUAAAAAAACAGCAUCAAUGGAUAAAAAAUUGGAUAUUAUUGAUAUACAAAACUACACACAUACUCUUAACCACAAACGAAUUCGAAACGAAACUCAUUUGGAAUGUAACAUUGAAAAUGUAUCUCCACAGCCUACAGUUGUUAUUCAGACCUUCGAUGGUGAACCAAUUCAAAUUGUAGACUCCAAUUCAACAGAACUGAAUAAUGGAAAAUUUAGCGCAAGUGCAAAAGCUGUUUUAAGAACAGAUGACGAAAGCGCAGACGAAUAUCAAUGUGUUAUGACAUUUGACGGUCUAUCAUUUAACUUAACAACGAAUGUGCAAUCAGGUAGUAUGUCCUUUAGGAAACCUGAAUGGAGCCACCUUUUUUUGACUGCAUUACUAGCACUUGUUACUUAUGAAAAAUUUAGGUAUUAGAUUUUAAUGUUUUUACGCUUACUAACUAAUUUAUAUUUGUUGGAUUUGUAAAUAUUUUUAUAAGUUUGUAGCUAAAAUAUUUAUAUAUGUAAAUAUAAAACUAAUUGCGUACAUGUGUAAA